UGCAUGUAAAAUUCGCCGCUGAGUUUGAGGACUGGAUUGAGCACAUUGUGCUGUGGGACAACAGGAAUCAAGCAUCUGGGGUCGCUCUCACAUAUACUGUAUUAAACUGAUGCGCACUAAUGCGCACACUGGCACAUCUGACGCGCGCCUUCGGUUACGCUUCUAUCACGGUGAGACGCGUUUAAAUCGAGGAUUAUUAUUUUAGACAGACUCCGAUCGUGAGUAUAACGGACAUCAGCUGCGUUUGACAGUUUGUAAUUUCCCCCGUUUGUUUGUUGUGUGAAAUCAUUGCUCCUCGGACACCCCUUACGCAUUAGAAAGCUUCCGAUAUCGCACAAGUUUGUAACUGGAACUGGUUUUCGGACACGUCGUUUUGGAGAUUUGUAUCAUUCGGACGGUGGUCCUCUUGUAUGGAUGUAGUGACUCGGACUGAGUCGGACCGAUCCGGGGGUUCCAGACGCGCUUCCCCGAGAUUCCCCAGCAGCAUCACCGUCCAGCCGAGCGCAUCCAGCAGCAGUCGACAUGAUCCUUCUGGGAAUACUUCUAAAUCUGUUCGUCAUUAAGGGGGCUGUUCCCUCUGUGGUGCCAGUGUUCCCCGGGACUGUGGACUGCAUAGAGGCUGUAAAUGAAUGUAUGGUGGACCCCGAGUGUAAGCGGCAGUUCCGGCACCUGGAGUACUGCGUGGACGAGGAGGCGGUGGCUCCCCUCAGUCUGGAGGGGCGGCAGGUCUGCGUCGAUGCCCAGAACAACCUCAUGCACUAUCAGAACCUGCAAGAAUGCAAGUGUCAGCGAGGCUCUCGCUUGGAGCAACAGUGCCUGAGCGUUUACUGGACUGUCCGUUUUCCACAGGGUUAUGAUGACAUUGAGACGUCCCCAUAUGAAGACAUUGAACUGGAACUUGUGAGAAAUAGCGAAACAUCAAAACUAGCCUCAAUAGUUUCAGUGUCCUCCCUUCCUCUGACGGACCAGAACCAGUGUCUGAAAGCAGCUCAGGACUGUGGGUUGUACGAGAAGUGUGGUUCCCUGCGCUCUGAGUACGCCUUAGCUUGCACCAAGAUCAUACCUGGCACGAACCACUGUAACCGGCACAAAUGUCACCGGGCCCUGCGGAGGUUCCUGGAGCGAGUUCCAGAGGAGUACAGCUUCGGUGUCUUAUUUUGUCCCUGUUCGGAUACUCUGUGCGGGGAGAGAAGGAGAAAAACCAUUGUGCCCUCCUGUUCCUAUGAGGAGCGAGACGGACAGCCCAACUGCCUCAAUCUGGAGAGUUACUGCCUCAAAGACAACCUGUGCAGGUCAAGAUUGGCUGAUUUCCAGCAGAACUGUCAGCCGUCUUCUUACUCUUCCUCCGGCUGUCUCCGGGAAAGUGGAGCCGUGUGCCUCAAGGCCUACGCCGGGCUCAUCGGAACCAUCAUGACACCAAACUACGUGAGUAACAGCAGUACAGAGGUGUCACAGUGGUGUAAUUGCGAAGGCAGCGGGAAUCAGUGGCAAGACUGCCUGCGAAUCCUGCACAUGUUCAACAGCAACAACUGCCUGCGUAAUGCCAUCGAUAACAUGGGAAGCUCCACCCCUCGCCCAGUAGAAGCCACGCCCCUUCCUCCUCCUCGCCCCUCCCCUCAGGUCCAGCGGGAUGAGCUGAACGUCAACACCCUGCCUGAACCCAACGCAGUGACUGAAAGUGAAGAAGAUGUGGAGGAAGAAGAAGAGGAGGAGGAGGAGGAAGAAGACCAAACCGAAGGAGGAGGAGGGUUCAACAUCAUCCCUCCGUUCUCAGAUAAGGCGACAGUCACUAACCUGGGCUCUGAGGCUGGAAGAGUCCACAGCUCGGCCUCCACCCUCUCCAUCCCUCACUUCCUACUCGCGGUCCUGCUGCUGAUUGCUCUCCGCUGGGGGUAGAAACCCUCACUCACAAACACACACCUACACACACUCUUACACAAAACACGCAAACACACUUCCUCCUAAAGUACUCGCUCACAUCCAGACUCUACCAUCGAGGGACGACAAGAACGACAGAUCGAAGUGCGAAACGAGCGGACAACUGUUCUAUCCCUCUUUCCUUCUUUCAUUCAUUCAUUUUCUCCUUCUCGGGAAGAGGGUCUGCUAUAGAUAUAGAUGCUUAUUCAUUAGGGAAUCGCUUCCUGAACGGGAUUCCCUGCCUGAAUCAUUUGAAUCACACAGAAGACUCACGACUCCUCGGACUGACAGUAGCCGAUGGUGAACGAAUGAUCUUGCCAUGUAUCUAUCUAUUGUAUAAUGUCAAUGUGCUUCAGAAAAGCGAGUUAAACCAGGAAAGCGUUGGCUUUCCUUGGGUUUGGAAAACCCGCCGUGUUUAUUGUCGCUGAUCAUGUCGUUGUAUGAGAUGAGACAAAAUUUAUGUGUUUGUAAGUAUGUGAUUCGCUUGACACGAGAGCAAAAAACAUGUUGAGCACGAUUUUCGAAUCUACCCAUUUCUCACGCCUCCAUGUCUCUGGAAUCAGGCCGCACACCUAAUCACACACACACGCCUCUGCCCCGCUGCGGAGCCCAUCGCGCAGAUGCAAGCCGUUUCCAUUUAUUGCUCUAUCUGCGAUGUGCUUUCAUUUUUUGACUCAGCACAGAUUGUGCACUCUAACCAGGGGCAUAAAUAAAAAACACGUCCGCGAACAGAAAAAAACAUGAGUAAUAAAGGCGAAAAUAAAGAAAUAAACACACUAAAUAAAUAAAUAUACCCCCGCACAGCAGGUGUCGGAGUCCGGUCUGGGUUUAGAACCCGAGGGGAAGAAACAGGAAGUCAUUUUCCACCCGCCUGUCGCCUGGUACCUCUCCCUGUGCCUGUUGUUUUACUUUCACAGAGAUAAUGGCUUACAACACAAACUGUUUAUCUUGUUGUGUGUUCACGGGGACGAAUGACUCGUGAUGGGAACGAAAUAGAAAAAAGAGAUCAAGGGAGGGAACAGACGGAGACAGGGAGAGACUCAAACCCUCCAGCGAAGAGAAAAAACAUACAGUCUAGAAUCACAUGCCUUUUCUGUUUCUUAUAAAUCUUUUGCUGACACCGAUGCUUUUUUCUCAAUCUCGUUUCGUUUCCUCGCUCCCGUGCAUGUCCAUCCGUGGAAGUGAGAGAGAGAGAACAUGGGUGCACUUGUAGUGGAUUGGAUCAAGAACUUACUUCUCGACCGUUGAAGGAGUAUGUUCAGUAGGUCUGUAGCAUGAAUACAAGAUUUGGGGAGAAUUGCAGAAUUCUAUUCCCCUUGGACUGCAAGUGGAAGCCCAUUGUAAGUCUGUUCAAAAAUAUGACACAUCAUCACAAUAUUAUCUACAUAAUCAAAAUAGCCUUUAAUCGCGAUUAAUCACUUGACAGCACUAAUAAUGUAAUUUCUGUAACUUUUCAGUUGCUAAGAAUUUUGUCUGGAAACAAUUCAAAACAACUCUCUCUCUCUUUAAACUUUUAAAGGUUACUGUGAUAUGAUAUUUGGUAACACUUUCCUUAAUGCCUUUAUGUAUAAUGCAUUAUAAAGCCAGUUUUAAUGCAUUCAUUAUGUAUUGUACAAUCUCUUGAAUAAUUGUAUCCAUAGUUAAUACAUUAUAACACUUUUUAAUUGGUUAUAAUGAUUACCCUUUAUAUACACAUUAUAACUUUUAAUAACAUUUUAUAAUGCAUUACACAUAAAGGUGUUAAGUAAAGUGUUAACCAAUUCUUUGACGAAUAGAUACAGAAUAGAACAGAAACAGGAUUUUUUUUUUUUUUUUUUUACUGACAAACAAGUUCAAAAGACUAAUUAAAAACUUAUUUAAAAAUCAUCAAAUAAUCAUUGAAACAAGAUAAAUCAACACAGCAUAAGACUUAUGCAUGCAAAAAACACAAAUGUAUUUUGUCUUACUGCAUUAGUAGAAUUUUUAGUUUUAAGAAUAAUACUCACAGUAAAAAUACAUCGCAUUUAAUAUCUAAUGAAGUGCUAAUGUAAGUAAAUGAAUCUUGUUGUAGGGAUAUUCAAAUAUUUUUCUGAUAAGUAAAAAACUGAUUCAGUCUCCAUCUACUUCCUUCCAGAUGGGUUUUUAGAGCAUGAGUGCCACUGAACACAUUUCCUUCCCUCCUCCUCCUCCUCCUCCUCCUCUUCUCUGGAAGAAAUUAAAGCUUAGCUAAAGUGCCCAUAUCUCAUCUGGCAUUCUCAAGAAGCACCUUUGAUUACACCGACAUGACUUAACAAUCAGAUUCAGAACUGAUCUAUUAUGCGGAGGAACACUGAGGGGUGCGCUCUGAUUGAACAGACGUCGUGCUCCUCAACGUUUUCUUCUCCGUGGCAAGGUCAGUGAGCCACGCAACGCGCCCGCUCAAUCAGUAGGGUUAAUUAAGAGAAGAAACGAGAGCGCCUUUGGAUUGAUGCGCCUGUCGAAAUAGCGGGCAGCCUUUAUGAUGGCUGUUGUUAUUUUUUAAUUGUUAUCGGGGGCCAGUGUCGUCCGCCCAGCCAUAACAGAGGGAGGCAGAGAAUGAGUGACAUUGGAGGAGGAGAGUAAAAGCAUGGGUGUCAGUGAUUCUCAUUACAAUAUAAAAAAAAAAAUAAACAAAUAAACCAUGCGUUAAAUAAAUGCACAUUGCAGAAAAGUUUUGGGAGGCAUAGACAGAAGAGAAGUAUUAGCUCUGUUCUGAGACCUAGCGAGCUUCUUCUUAGUGUUUGAAGGCUACUGAAAUGCAAUAAGAUACAACACCUUGUUUUGGUCAAAUUUUAAAGUAGGCCUACACUUUCACACAAUGUUGAUUAUAAAUAUUUUUACUCUUAAAAACUGAUAAAAACAGUUCAAUCUAAUUAAGGAAUGACUAUCUUACCUAAUUAUUCUGUAUAUGCUGCAAAAAUGAUUUCUUAAUGAGUUUUUAAUUAGUCUUUUUUAACUUGCUUAUCCAUAAAAAUAUUUAAAAAUCCUUCCGGGAAAACUACAUAAGACAUUAAAACUUGCAUUUAUUUUUUAUGAGUAUUAAAGAGUUUUAAAUCAUUUAUGUUUUAAAAAAUAAAUAAAUCUGCUAGUGCAUCAUACACUUGUAUUAUCGGAAAUCAUAUACUAAUAUCUUAUGCAGUGUUGUCUCUCAAGUGAUGUUAUCUGGUUCAAGGAUGUUUGGAAAUUGUAACUGGAGCACAAGACAAAAAAUAAAUCAAACGAAUUACUGUGCAUACACUGUAAAACAUCGUAGAGAAUGUUUAAUUAUUCUACAUAUUUUCUGCUGAUUUUCAAGUAAUCUUGUUUCAAGGAUUCUAUGAGUCUAACUUUUCCCCCACAAUUAUUAUUUUUUGACUUGCGUUUUAGUGAAAUAUUUGUCAAACCCUUAAAAUAUUUACCUGAGCAACAUCACAUAAGAUAUAAAAACUUGAAUGUAAUAUUAGAGUAUUUUGUCUGUUCAUUAACUCUCCCAGUGCAGCAAGACAUAAUACACUCCAGUUCUCAAAAAAACAAAAAACUAACUAAAACUAACAAACAAUGCUGUGUUGCUUCUCAAGUAAUUUAAUCUUGUUUCAAGGAUUUUUAUAUAUUUUAACUGUAAAACAAAACUGUAUUUAAUGUGUAUUGGCAUAUCAUCCUGUUAGCUUAGCAGCACGCUAAUAUCAAACUCAAAAUAGUAAGUCAAGUUUUCAUGCUUGUAGCACAACUUCUCUAAUAAAUCUGGUUAACCAGCAUAAUCUUGUCUGGGUAAGCUAGCUGAUCCACCAGGGAACACCCGUGUCGUGAACCAGCGUUCAAAACAUGCCCAGUUCUGGGACAGAGCUAGAGAGACGGAUCCCACACUAAAUUAACCAUAACAGUUCUGUUGUUUGCUUGCGUGUGCCGCAUUACAACCACGACUUGGCCCAUACACAGAUUUGCUUCAUAUGAGUCUUACAUUUCCUCCGCAUCCAUCUGCGCCUGUGUAAACAAGAGAAACCUGCCACAGCGAAGGCUCUGCGCCGAGCGCUAGAUUGCAGGGAGCAAGGACAGGAAAAGAGAUAAACACACAAUAAGGGAUAAAGGGAUGGAGAAAGUGGAGGAGAGAGAGCGAGAGUAUGGGUUAGAGAAAAAAGCACCCCGGCGAGAGAGCUGCGAGCGUGAUUGAGAGAGAAAGAGAGGAGCGGGAAGAUUGCAGUAGAGAGAGAGAGAGGAGUUUACCCUGUAGGCUCAUAGCUUUAUUAUUAUAGUAUGCGGACACUGAUUUAUUUGGCGGCUGCAGGCACCCGUACUGAAACUCAUUUCAGUUGUACUGAUCUUGAUUCGCUCUCUCUGUCUCUCUCUCUUUCUCUCUCUCUCCUCUGGCUGUGCAUUGUGAGCCCACUGGACUGUCCCACUGUUUGUCACCCCACAAUGCAUCAUCAAUUGCAUGAAAAUAAUCACCACUGCUAAUGAUGUUCUAAUGAAGAUACCCAAAAUAGUCUGUAUUUAAUCUUCUUUUAUGGAGUGCACUUACGUUUUUUUUUCCACAGCACUGUAUUUUCACUUUUAAUGAUGGCUUGACAGAUUUAUUUUGUCUUGUUUUGUAGUUCAUUUUAAUGAAACUCUCAACAAUGAGCACUCUAGUCUUCUUAAACAUUGCAGGCCCACGUGAAAUCAGUGACUGGUUGCACAGGGAUUGCGUAAAUUGCUUUCAAACAGGUCGCCCGGAGACUAACAAAAAAAGCAAUGAUUUGAAUGGGCAAUCUUCAAAUUUGCUUACGUAUUGUUUUCUCUGUAUAUUCAGGUGAAACAGGAAUGUAUUUCAACAUUGAAACAUCAUUAAACUAAAUUGAAGGUGAGUAUCUAUCCAACUGCAAAUUUAAAGGUGCAGUCACACUUUAGGCUUUAAUUGUGCUAAUGAAGUAUAUGAUUUGCUAAAUCAGUUAUUCUCUUUUGAAAAUGUGCGUUCUGGGCCAGAAUGUCGGUCUUUGUUUUGGUUUGUUAAACCCGACCACUGCCAGUUUACCCAAAUGUAUUUCGGCACUCCGGGUUGCCAGUUGGUGUAAAACACAGCGUCAUCGUCAAGUGCGCUCGUUCCUGUUUGUGUAGUCAAUCUGGCAACCUGCAUGUGCGUCAAGUGUGAGAACGAGGGGUCAGUGGAAAAAAACCCUCUCCAAUAUUUUGAAUUUGGACUGCAAUACCUAGUUCAAACACUCGGUGUCAAUCCUACAUACAGUACCUUUAAACUACUAUUUUAUCACGAUGCAGCUGUAUUCUUUGUAUUGAGAUAUGAGGUCAAUAAUGUUACAUUUACAUUUAUCUGUAUUGAUUUACAAAGCAAAAAAGGAUUUUCUAACCAAGUAUUUUUUUGUCUUGUACUUUGGUAAAUAUCUAAACAUUCUUAGAUGAAGAUUAUACAAAAUUAUAUAAGAUAUAAAGAGCAGUUUUCUGAAUAAAUGAUCAAAAUUAAAACACUUCACUUUGAAUUAAGUUCUUUUUCACCCUAUUGAUUUUUUAAGUAUAAACUCACUUCAUUUUGAUAAAUAUCUCAGAAAACAAGAUUUUAUACCUUAAUUAACUUUGCUUCUCAAGUAAAUGUAUCUUAAUUUAAGAAUGUUUAGAUAUUUGUACUGUAAAACCAGUUAAAAAUACUCAUAAAAAUCAUUCUUUGUGGUGUAGCAGACGGUUUUAACCAGAGCGUCUCACAAAUGAGGACUACAAAACAAGUAAACCAUACAUUUUUGGUGAAAAAUCUUUUCACUUCACAAAUUUGCAGGUCAGAGUUGACCAAAUAUGAGUUUUGUAAUGGCAGAAUCAACUAAUCAACAAAGAAUAAAUGUUGAAUAGAAGCGAUUGGUGUAGCUUGACAACAACCUCACACAUUUUACCAUGCUUUUACCUCCAAUCCAGAGCAGAAACGUGCGCUGAUUCUGUCCGGCCUGAUUAUUUUCCUGAAUGAUGAUUGUGUCAGUCAUAACCCAGAAUCAUGCAGCCAGCCAAUCAGAGCUCCCUCAUUACUGCACAUGCUCAGUCAUGCUUAACGCUUCAUGUGAAACUUCAUGAACAUUAAGGAACUGAAGUGGGAAGACACUUAAAUAGCACACAAGAUUAAGUUUGAAAUAGUCAUUAUACUUGAAAUACUUGCCAUUCGGUGACUGGUUGAGUGGAGUUGUGGCGUGUGCUGUGGUUCGAGCAUGUCUCUCUGUGCCAUGUUGGACUUGCCUUUAACAAACCCCCUCCACACAAAGACACCUGAACCCUUCCUCGACCACUGCCCUCUGGGUCACUUUUCAGACCUGUUUAACUGUGCUGGUUCUUUCCUCUGCUCAUCUUCUGUUAAUGUGCCCUGUUUCCUAUCAGGUGUAAAAAUUAGAAUUCACUGUUUCUGUGACCCAUGAUAAUGUACCAUCUCAAAUAAAAGAAAGAAAACAAAUCAAC